AUGUCUGGAUCUGAACAAUAUUCAGAUGCCACUAUCAUUAAGGGUGCAGCAAAUUCGACAAUAAGAGCUGAUAUAUUCAUGAGACAAAAGAGCCACAUUUUUUUUCUUAUACCAUUAGCUGUGCCUAUUAUUAACAUUCGAAAGAAUGAUUCGAACGUAAGAAUAAGGGCUGCACCAACAAAUAAUGCUGAG